AUGUAUGAGUCGUGUUCUGUUUAUCAGGUCCGCAAGAAAAUUAACUUUGGUCCUGGCAGGGAAGAUUGGGGACUUGCAGAAUGGCUUGUUAAAAGCCUUGGGCAGACUCGAAUGGAUGAAUUUCUGAAGUUACCGAUAACGCAAAACCAUAUGAAACCUUCAUUCCACAACAAUCGGUCAUUCCUACAGAAGGUCAAUAAGCUGCCGCACGGACCUGCCUGGAGUUGCAAGAAGGUUAGCGUCAAGGGAAAUCGAAUGGACAAGAAUGGCCAGUUGCUGCAUGAGGAUGUUGAGCUUUGGAUGCAUGACCCUGUGGAGUGCAUCAAGGAUCUUAUCGGUAAUCCUUUAUUCAAGCAACAUAUGGUAUACGCACCAUCACGAGUGUACAA